AUGAACAGACGCUCGGGCUAUUCAUGCUCAUGCUCCCCACCUUCCUCACACAAGCACCAUGCCUCAUCGCAUCCCACCAGCAGUGCUUUCAGUGCCAGCGCGAACCCAGACGAGGAUUGGACAAAGAUCACGGAUCUCGCUGAGCGGAGGAGAAUUCAGAAUCGCAUUGCCCAGAGAAAUUACAGAAAGAAGCUGAAGAAGCGUCUCGAGGAUCUGGAACGCCGUGCAGCUUCCAGCUCAGCUUCCCCCUCGCCUGAAGUCAAAUACGUGGAUCUAGAUCUAUCCAACCUGCCUGCUUUCAAGGGGUCUUCGCACAUCUCUCACGUCCAAGAAAGCAACGACAUCGGCGGCCGUGCCUAUACAUCCAAUGGUUACGAAUAUUCCUAUUCGCAGGCGCCGGACGAUAAGAGAAUGUUCUCGUACCAACAUACUCGUCAGCUCUCCACAUCUCCUCCACCAUUCAACUACCAAGCCUAUCCAUCUAUCGAGCAAGGUCAAUUCGCUCCUUCGAUGUCGAGUUACAUGACAUAUCCUAUUCCCGUCUCUUCUUCAUGCAUGGUGCCUCCCUCGACAAUGACAUACCAGACAAGUAUGCCGGCCAUCAUCAAGCCAGAGGUGUAUGAAGAGGAUGAUAUGAACCCCUUCAGCUUGAGUUACGCUUCCAUGGCUGGCGUGGACGUGGCCAGCCAAUUCGCUUACCAGACACCCGCUGUUCACACUCCAGCAUUGUCAGAUAGCUUCGAACCUUCGAUAACCAGCUCACCCCCCUAUGAUUACAUGACUUUUCCACGAACACCCCUCUCACUUCCUCUGACGCCGCCCCUCCGGGGAGGCAACAGAUGA